AUGUCGACAAGAAAACACGCAAUCGUCUUCGGUGCAGCUGGCCUGGUCGGCUGGGCGACCGUGGAGCAAUUGCUUUCCAACUAUCCCUCAGAAGGAUCAUUCGACAAGGUCACCGCCGUGAUCAACCGCCCGUUGGAGGAGUCGGAAUUCUACUGGCCUAUAGAGUCUUCAAAGCGACCGGACUUACAGAUUGUGUCCGGAGUCAACCUGCUCAAUGGGACAGCCGAUGAUUUAUCGAAGGAGCUGAGAGAAAGUGUUAUUGGAAUAGAGGAUGUAACGCAUGUCUUCUACUUUGUCUUCAAGGAAGUCAACGACGACCACAUACUUGAGCGAGAGACCAAUUGCGGCAUGAUGCAACGUGUAGUCAAUGCCAUCACCUCCCUAUCGCCUAGACUUGAGUCUUUCAUCUACCCAGGAGGAACAAGAGGUUACGGUAUUUAUGUUCCUGGUGGGACUUUCAAAGCUCCGCUGCAGGAGUCAAUGGCAGACAACUUACCCGAGGACUACGCCAAAACGGUCGCUUAUCCUUGGUUCAGAAAAAUAUUCACUGAGGCCAGCAAAGGCAAAAGCUGGACCUGGUCAGAGAUUUGUCCCGACGCCGUCGUUGGCUUUACACCAAAUGGAUCGGGAUGGUCCCUAGCCCUGCAUUGGGCCCAGUACCUUUCUCUCUUCGCCCACAAUCACAAAGAACGAGAUGACUCAGAAUCUCUGGUGGAAGUUCCAUUUCCCGGCAACGAGGGCGGUUAUGAUGGUCUUUUUACCCCCGUUUCCUCUCGCAUCCUGGGCCGAAUUGCCAUACAUGCUUCAUUGAACGCAGAUAAAUGCGGCGGGAGAAUCAUCAACAUGGCCGACAGCCAAGAGCCCACGAAGUUCAGAAAGAUUUGGCCAGCUCUUGCCGAAUGGUUUGGCCUGAAGGGUGUAGGUCCGAUAGGCGACGAUAGCGCACUAAAGCCAGGUGAAUAUGUUCAACAGUACAAGCACAUCUUUCAGGAUAACGGCUUUCCGAAAGCUGCUGCUGCAGGUGUAGGUGCGGGAGCUUUGCAACUUGAUAGUGUGGGAUGCUGGUUGUCUUUUGAUCGCCAGUUGAGCCUCGACAGACUACGUUCCGUAGGUUUCUUGGAGGAGAGAGACCCAAUCGAGGGUUGGUUGGAAGCAUUUGAGAAGUUCAAAGCGGCUGGCAUUAUAAUGUAA